GUUAUAUUGAAAGCAUUGUCGGGUGGUGGUGGAUUGGAGCUGCAGUCGGAGUGGGAGUUGGAGAAGAAUUGUGAUUAAUUUUCUGGAAGCGGAGACCUCGCGGGUUCCGCAUCUCCCCCCACUAGGCAUCACAACAUCUCAGGCAUCCUUCUUCCUCGUCUCAUAUCUGUUCGGCGCUCAACGUGGACCGCCUGAAUGCGGUUGCCUAUGCACCGAGUGUCUUUGGUCCUCGCGCCAGCUGUUGGAGAUCGCUCCCUACUUAUGUUAAGAAUGCCCAUUCAGAUCCGGUCUGCGUGAAAGAGGGGCUCGUGAUCUCAAUCAACCUUCUUCGAUUCUCAAACUUCACCUAACACACCACGCCAUGGCUUCCCACAUUUCAGGCCCUAGUGCGGGAGGCAGUCCUCCCCAGGCUGUAAACAAGAUUACCAAGAUUGCCCAAGAUUAUCAGUACAACGCAGCCGUCCCACUCAAAUACUGGCUCCGGACCGCGGCCACACUGAUGAGAGAGGCCCAAAUUUACGAGCGCGAAGGGCACGACGAGCAAGCCUACCUACUCCUUUUUCGACAUGCCCAGCUGGUCCUGGUAAACCUGUCAAAACACCCAGAUGCCGCCAAAGAUGAGAAAGAUCGCAAGGCUCUGGUGGCUGCUGAGAAGGAGGUGCAGAAAAAUUUGGCCAAAUUGGAAGUUCUCAAGCCCAGAAUCAACAAACGAUACGAGCGGUACAUGCAGUUGAUGCGUGAGCGCGACUCCAGAAAGCUGUCUCUAGAGUUCAACAUGGCUCCGGAACAAGGCGAACGACCUGUAGAUCCCGCAUUGAGCGGUGUUGCAAAACCUCUGGAAGCUGGAGAGAACCAAGAUCUCGCUGUUCGACUGGCGCAAUCAGAACUCAGUCGCAGAGCUACUGUCCGCAGAACCGAAGAUGAUAAUCGGCGAGCGGCGGGCGUAUGGGGUGAUUGGGAAAGUGCAUUCAAAACGGACAAGCGGUCCGCCGACAAAGACUUGAGUCAACGUAUUCAGGAUAUUAGGUCCAACAUCGAUCAUACGCAGCCUGUCAGCCAGACCCAACGUGGGCAGAAACCGAUACUACGCGAAACUCCCUCCGCCACGAUGGCAUAUAACUAUCCUACCGUACCUCGUCAGCAGGCUUUAGGACCACCCAUCUCCUCUGGCCAAAUUGCCAUCCGUGACAAGAAUGCGGAAAGGCAGCCACCCCCGAUUCUACCACCGAAGGAACAUGCUGAGCCACACAGAGCAUCUUUCAUCGAUGGAGCAUCUGCAGUGGAGCCUCCGCCGCUUCCAUCAAAGAUUUCAGCAGCUCCAGCCCUGCCUGAGAAACUGCAAUCCUUGGAUGGUGGUGCCUCUACGCCAUCGAGCCUUAACCCGGCAAGUUACACCUUCAAGCCCUCCGCGUACCUGGAAAACGGUAGUCCACUGCGCUCUGUAUUUCUUCCCUCCAGUCUUCGGGAUCGAUUCUUAUCUCUGGCCGCUCCAAGUACCCGCCGGAACUUGGAAACCUGUGGUAUACUCUGUGGUACACUAGUUUCGAACGCGCUUUUCAUAUCCAGGCUUGUGAUUCCAGAACAAAUAUCCACCUCCGACACCUGCGAGACUACCAAUGAAUCAGCAAUUUUCGAGUAUUGCGACUCUGAAGACUUAAUUAUGCUGGGUUGGAUUCAUACUCACCCCUCUCAGACAUGCUUUAUGAGCUCGCGCGACUUGCACACUCAUUCCGGGUAUCAAGUGAUGCUCCCGGAAAGUAUUGCGAUUGUCUGUGCGCCCAGCAAGAAUCCGGACUGGGGUGUGUUUCGACUCACCGAUCCUCCUGGUCUGAAGACGGUUCUCAAUUGCACUCAGAAGGGAUUGUUUCAUCCGCAUGCUCAAGAGAACAUAUACACGGGUGCAUUGCGGCCCGGUCAUGUCGUUGAGGUCAACGGCCUAGAGUACGAGACUGUGGACCUACGCCCCAAAGAUGCGCGUAAUUGA